AAUUUUUACGGAUGUGAUCAUCUUAUGUCCAAAAUUAGCUGAAGAUCCUUUUCAAAUAAAAGGGUAAUUCUUAGUUUCACAAGAAAUAUGUAAGGUACAUUUUAGAUUGAAGCACUCUCUCUAAGAUAACAACAAGUCGUCAAACCCGAAAUCUCAUAAAGAAUAAUGGGAGAAACAGAAGAGAAAGUGAAGAAUCAUGGUGAUAAUAAAGAAGAGGAACACAACAAGGUUGAGAAAACAGAGAAGAAGGAGAAGAAGGAUAAAGAUAAGAAGGAUAAGCACGAGGACGAUAAAAACGGCGGAGGAGAAGAAGGAGAAGACCAAGAGAAGAAGAGCAAGAAGAAAGAUAAGAAGACGAAGAAAGAGAAGAACCCUGAAGAUAAGAAAGAUCCUGAGAAGUUGAAGACGAAGCUUCAGAAGAUUGAAGACAAGAUUCAAGCUAUGGUCCUAAAGAAAGAUGAGAUUCUUAAGCUUAUUCAUGAUGCUGAACAAGCUAAGCCUAGUACUGCUGCAGUAGAUGCACCACCACCAACUAACUAAACCGUUUUCAAACACAUAAAUAUAAUUAAACUAAUAAUAUGUAUGUCAAUAACAAAUGCUGAUGGAUGUUAUUCUCAGCUAUAGGAUCUUUUUGGUUUGUUUUGUAUGAUACAAAUCAGACUUUGCUUGUUAAAUUUGUGUUGUAAAUUGUACAAAAACUAUUAUGUUUAA